AUGACGUAUCUAGAGCUGGAUUCUGGCUCUGGUCUUUCGGCCUUCCUUUUAGUUUACUUUACACUCUUUCUUGAUAACGUGCUACUCACCGUGUUAGUGCCCAUAAUUCCUGAUUGGGUAAGAGGAGAAGCACUAGCUCUAUGGAGACAACAAGGAGCGCCAUUAGCUUCGCUACUCAACCGCACUGUAGCAGCAAGCGAGGCUGGUUCCGGAGGAGCCCAAGCAGCAGUGGGGAUUGUGCUAGGUGCCCGUUCUGCUGCUCAGCUGGCUGCCGCACCAGCUGCUGCCGUGCUGACACUUCGUCUGGGACCAGCUCGAUCGCUUCGACUAGCUACUUUAUCUUUGGCUGUAGCGGCACUUGUUUUUGCAUGGUGCGGUAAACUGUCAGAUAGUGGCGGUGUAGGUUGUGCUGUAUGCGCGGGUGUUGGGCGUGGUAUUCAGGGAUGCGGUGGAGCCUUGGGUGGUGUAGCGGGCAUGGCCCUGGUAUCACGUGCGUUACGGCCUGCCCGCCGGCAUAGCGCGUUAUCCGCUCUACUAGGUGCUGUUGCACUUGGUGUUCUAGUGGGAUACCCCUUUGGUGGCGCCGCUUACAAACUAUGGAGUCCAGCCGCGCCAUUCCAGCUUAUAGCACUUACCCUGUUCACAAAUCUUGGGCUACAAUACAUGUUUUUAAACAAGACGGAGUAUAAUGAGAGACCGGAUGACGAGGAGGAACGAAGUAUGGCGUGGAGUAGUAGUUUACGCGAAAUGUGGUGUGAGUGCCGAGGAGUUGGUGGUGCGGGAGCUGGGGCUGGGGCAGUGUUUGUUAGUACCGGCGUGAUGGCAGCGCUUGAGCCGUGCCUGCCGCUCUGGAUUGAACACAAGUUUCACCCACAACGAUGGGCCUUGGGUGCUGUCUUCGUCCCAGACAGCAUAGGCUACCUGGUCAGUACAAGCGUUGUACCAGCUUGUGGAAGCGGGACAAGUGUGGCGGUUUGGGGAUUGGCAAGUGUGGGAUUUGGGGCAAUAUCCGCUGCAAUAGCUCAGUCUUUGGUUGCCGUGGCUGGAUGCGAAGCGGUGGCUGGAGCAGGAGUGGGUGCGGUGGACGCAGCGUUAGUCCCGGCUCUGCUGGCUCAUUCGACACCAGCACGCCUUCCUCACCGUGCGGCGCUGCUUCAAUCUGCUGCUAGCGCUGCUUUUGCUAUUGGUCCAGUGUUGGGCGGUUUAGCGUCAUGGUGUGUCGGAUUCGAAACAUGUCUACGCGCGUUAGGCGUUAUCAACUUGCUUUACGCUGCGGCGCUAUAUAGACAUCUCCGGAAAUACCCGCUGUCAGAACAGUGGGCUCACAGCGGCGACGACGAAGAUAGCAUGGGUUCUGAGUUAACUCCACUUGGGCCCAUCAUCAAAGGCACUAGCAAAUCAAGUACUUUACAUUGA